AUGGAUUUCGCAGAGUUUAUAAAACAGGAGAGAUUAGAAGAAUUUCCACCUGCUUGGAUUGCGGAUGUGAAAGGGGAAUUUGUAUUCGAGAACGAAAACUACCAAAUAAAAACAGAGGACUUAUCAAUUGACUACAAAGAUCUUAUCAAGGAGGCUAAGAGGCUCUGUAUUGUAUGUAAUAAAGUGUUUUCCAACAGUUACUCUUAUUUAGUGCAUAAUAUUGAUCAUUUAACAAUUCCAUUGGAUAAAUUAAAUAUUGAGGUGCCACUACAGCAAAAUGAUUCGCAGAAACAGCAACUGCAUUAUUCAUGCGUAAAUAUGCUAACUGAAGAGAUGGAUAAUCGCCAUGGUCCGCCAGGAGUUAAUUCCCGAUCCUUAACUGCAGCACAAUCUGCCGCUGAAUUAGAGGUGUUGAAAGAAAUAGAAAAUGUUUAUUUUACUCCUCCAAGUGAGUUCAAUGCAGCGCGCUACGCGCUGGAGCAUGUACCAUCGUAUACAAACUGUGAUGAGAUUGAGCAGAUGUUUACCAAGCUUAAACGACAGCAGCAGGUAGUUUCCGGUAAAGCCCUUCAUUUAAUAUCCCAGCAACGGGACAACUGUGAUCGAGAAUUCGGCGAAAUACAAAACAUUAGGCAACAGUUAUCCGAAACUUUGAGCACUUGCAAAAAAGCGCGCGAAAAACUACGAUCCGCCUCCAACCACCUUACUAUAUCUACCUUUGUCAUCCUCGCUAAUGUUAGAAAGAGACAGAUCAUUAAGUCUGUAUUGAAGUCACUAGAUUUGCUGAGGAGCCUCCGUAGUGUCGAAAAAGAUGUAGCCGAGUUGAUUACUAAGAAACAGUAUUUUGAAGCUAUCGAGCUUAUAAUGCAAAGCAAAAAGGCGGCUUCAAAUAAUAAAGAGUACAAAUGUAUAGCUGAUUUAGCGUCGAGAUUGCAAGAUACUCUGGAUAUGACAGAGGAGAAACUGGAUUCUGUCUUAUCUAGUAUGUGCUACAACUUCGAUCCAAUAGUGUUUGCAAAGCUUAAAAGUGCCUAUGACCUAUUAGGUAAAACUCAAGCUGCUAUGGAACAGCUUCAUAUGCACUAUUCCUCUGCAGUCAACGAAUCAGCCUUUGAGGCGGUAAAGCCAUUUGUUGACAACGUUUCCAUGGAAACCAAGUUCCAGGAGCUCUGCCGGUCUGUACCCACAACUAAAGCACCAUUGUGUUUGUUAAAUUUAUGUGAAAAGUUAUUUCUGGUUAUGCGCAGUUAUUACCUCCUGGUGAAUUGGUAUUCAAAGCACGAGGAGUCAAGUAUGGUUACUAAUGUUUUUGAUAUAGAGAAGAAUGUUAGCCGUGAAUAUAUAAAACAGAAGUUAAAAGGAGGCUUAAUUCGUAUAUGGAAUGAUGUGCAGGGCAAGGUGUCUACGUUUCUCAAAAGCUUGGGUCUGGAGGAAUAUCCUUUUGAAAAGUUUAUACAGAUGCUCGGUAUCCUGAGGAAGUUGACUCAAGUGGCGGAGGUGUUUUGCGGCGACACCUCUGACCUUUUACGAGACUUUAUAAAGACGCAGAGCGUCUCCUAUAUCAAGAAUUACCAUAAAGGUCGCAUGGAGGAACUAAAGUUGUUCCUUGAGAAUGAAGGAUGGGAACAGUGUCCAGUGAAAUCCACAUUUACACUACUAAAUCUACAAGAGUUUAAGCAAUUUAAACGGUAUUUUAAACCAAAGAAUGAUAUAGGCACUAGUUCUCAAUCGUCGUCGUCGGUCCACUCUUUAGACAAUAGCGUGUAUAUUUCCAAAUAUUUCAAUGAAACUACCCGCACACCGUUUGAGAUGUUUCGUAAUGAAAAUGUAACGAAUGAUGAUAUAUUUGGCCUCGAACCCGAGUCAGAAGUAAGCGAAGAGUCCGAUGAUGAACCGGAAGAGUUGAAGCGAGACUUUGUCGACGACGCGGACGUCCAAAAUAGUCCGUCAAAAGUCGCUCAUAGCGUAAUUGUGACGAACACUACUCUAUCUGUUUUGAGAAACUGUGGACAGUAUUUACAGAUAACCAGAUAUCUCCCGCAAAUCGCUCUUGAAGUCAUAAUGCUUAUGAAUCAGCUAUUUGACUACUAUUUUUUCACAGUUCAUUUGUUUUUCACGUCGGAUCUAGACGUCGCAUCUAGUACAUUGUAUACAUCAAAAUUGAAUCUCUUACUAAAAAGAAUAUCCAAUAUCGAAGACAGCUUCUCCAGUCCGAGUAUACCGGAGCACCUAGAGAAGACGGAAGCGAAUUUGCACGGUUUGAGCGAGCGGAUAGUUGGCGUUGAGAGCAUAGUGUUCCUAGCCAAGCAGUUUGAAAUACUCCAACCAUACCUGGAGUCGAUAGUGGCCCAACACCAGCGGAUGAUUCUGGAGCACUUCCGAGAUAACACACUGGCGGUAGUUGGAGAUCUUCGGAUGCCGGUCUACAUGGCGUCUGCGUCGAAGGCGUUAGACGCUCGCUCAGCGUUGAUAGCCAUGUCGCAAGUCAGGUGGGAUGUAAAAACAGUCGCCGAAGAGCACAGCGCGUACGUCGACAUGAUUGUCCGCAAAAUACAGGUCUUUGCGCUGCGCUUGGAGAAUAUAUCGCAGAAGAUCACGCUGAACGUGGAUAUUGUAAACGCAGUUUGGGGUAUGGUAGCGAAGUUCAUCGUUCAUCUUCUUGUGGAGGGGUUCUCGAACGCCUCGAAGUGUUCUAACGGUGGUAGGGGCCUCAUGCAACUCGAUUACAGGCAGUUGUUCGUGAAGUUGGAAAAGAUAUCAGGGCUCAAACCGAUCCCCUACCAGGAUUAUGUGGAUAGGUAUGUCAAAGCGUACUAUUUACCCAGAAACGAGUUGGAGGAGUUCGUCAGGGACCGGGUGGAGUAUUCGAAUAAGCAUUUGAUAGCGUUGAUCACUUGUGCGUGCGAGAAUAAGCGGGAUAGACAGGCGCUGUCGUCUGCGGUUGAGGGGAGGGAGGCUGCUAUGUGA